AUGAGAUUUGAUCAUACUCAUGCGUAUAUCACUUCGGCUUAUUAUUACCGAAAUUCUAAAUCAUUGGGAGAGAAUGCGGUUGCUAUGGUAGUGGUAAUGAGUCAGAAGACAUGCAAAGAUCUUGAGAAAUACGAAAUGACGAUUGUAGGAACUAAUGAAUACAAUAAUAGUAUGACAUCAAAGGCUUCAUUAAAAAUAGAAACGGCGGAGGAAAUGUCUUGUGAAUAUGUGAUGGUUUUUGUACAAGCUCAGACUAUUAUGAACCCUAAGCGACUCGAAAUCGAAUCGCUAGGUACUAGAGUUCAGAUUCCAUUUCGAGAACCGCGUAAAUGGUCGCAUUCUCCAGUCAUUAUUUGUAUCGCUCCGCAAUUUGUAGCGGAAAAAUGGCAAGUGUUUCUUAUGAACAUCCAUGUUGCUAGACGAUAUGGAGGACAUAUGCAUUUUUACAUUACAAGUAUGGUCGAGGAACUUUUUAAUACAUUGAAGAUUUAUGAAAGCAGGGGAAGUCUGACACUUGAUUAUUGGGUCAGAAUGAAGUUUCAAGAAACGACAUCACCGUAUGCAGAUCCAAUGAGAAAUGUUGAAUGGAGAAAUCAAGCAGGAGCACAGACAGAUUGUUUGUUGCAAUAUAAAGUAAUAGCUGAAUUUGUUGCCUUCUUUGACAUUGACGACAUUCUUAUUCCUCGAUCAUCUCAAAAUUAUCAUCAAGAAUUCUCAAGUCAUUUUAAUCCUGAUCCAUCAUUCCAUUCAAUUUUCUACAACAAAAGAGAUGUUGAAGUGCAAAAAGUGAAAAAUGUAAAAGACUUUUCUUUUCGUCAACUGUUCUCCACAAUGAAAAUUAGAAAAGAGGAAGGGUAUGGGAAGUCGAUUGUGAAUCCACUGAAGUACAAUUCCACAUGGAUUCACCACUCAUUCCAAUUGCCAAGAGAUAAGAUUUUGAAGAUCUUCAACACGGAAAUAAUUCAUGUCAAAGACAUUUUGAUUGUUGAGCUGGAUCUAAAUGCUCCUUUCAAAUUGCCAAAGGUUUUUGGAACAGAAUCAGAGCCAUUGAUAAGAGAGACAGAUCUCAAAUCACUGGAUAUAGACUUCCAGAAUUUAUUUGAAGAUACAGGAUAUAGAGAAACAGCUGUUCAAAUGGUAGACCAUGAUUUCUACAGUCCGAUUGUCUUCAAAUGCUACAACGAGUCUUUCUAUCAUCCAUUUUUUGUAGAACACAAACAUUUUAAAGACAUUUGUCCAAAUGCGGAUAACUGUGAACUUCCUCAACGCGAAGAUAUUAAAUGCAUCCAUUCAGAUGCCGAAUAUAUCUCUGGACCUGAAAUGUAUCCAAUCACUUUCCAUUACGCUAUUCGCCCAUACUGGUCAAAAGAAAUAGGAUGUUAUCAGUAG